AUGUCGUUCACCAAGCACGACCCCUCCAAGCCGAUUCACAUCCCCACGGCGGAGCACAACGUGCUCGAGUUCUGGCGCGAGAUCGAUGCGUUCCAGACUCAGCAGAAGCUCUCUGAGGGCCGUCCCGAGUACUCGUUCUUUGACGGUCCUCCCUUCGCCACGGGUCUCCCCCACUACGGCCACAUCCUUGCUGGUACCAUCAAGGACAUUGUGACCCGUCACGCUCACGCUACCGGCCACCACGUCGAGCGUCGUUUCGGUUGGGACACGCACGGUCUCCCCGUCGAGCACGAGAUUGACAAGGCCCUCAACAUCAAGGGCAAGGAGGACGUCAUGGCCAUGGGCAUUGACAAGUACAACGCCGCGUGCCGCGAGAUUGUGAUGCGUUACUCGGGCGAGUGGAAGAAGACUGUCGAGCGUGUCGGCCGCUGGAUCGACUUUGAUACUGGUUACAAGACCCUCGACCCCACUUUUAUGGAGUCGGUGUGGUGGGUCUUUGGCCAGCUCUGGGAGAAGAACCAGGUCUACCGCGGUCUCCGUGUCAUGCCCUACUCGACCGGCUGCACCACCCCUCUGUCCAACUUUGAGGCUGGUGAGGACUACCGCAACGUCUCGGACCCCGCCGUGACCGUCGCUUUCCCCCUUGCGGACGACCCCAGCACCUCGCUCCUUGCGUGGACUACCACCCCUUACACCCUUACCUCGAACUUGGGUCUCUGUGUUCACCCCGACUUUACCUACAUCAAGAUCCACGACAUUGAGCGUAACCAGAACUUUAUCCUCCUCGAGUCGCUCCUUGGCACUGUGUACAAGGAGUAUGCCAACGGCAAGAAGCCCGACCCCAAGAAGGAGCCCAAGUUCAAGAAGAUUGGCGAGUUCCUCGGCAAGGACAUGGUCGGCUGGCGCUACGUGCCCAUGUUCGACUACUUCACCGAGCAGUACGAGGACCGCGCGUUCCGCGUUCUCGCCGACACCUACGUCACCGACACUUCGGGCACCGGUAUCGUCCACCAGUCUCCCGCCUUUGGUGAGGAUGACCACCGCAUUGCCGUCGCGCACAAGGUCGUCCGCGAGGACGAGAUCCCCCCUUGCCCCAUUGACGAGUCGGGUAUCUUCACCUCCGAGGUCCCCGACUAUGCCGGCAAGUACAUCAAGGACGCCGACUCGUGGAUCAUCAAGGACCUGACCAAGAACGGCCGCCUCAUUGUCCGUUCCGACAUCAUGCACUCGUACCCCUUCUGUUGGCGUUCGGGUACUCCCCUCAUCUACCGCGCCGUUCCCGUGUGGUUUGUCCGUGUCGCCGACAAGUCGGCUCAGCUCGUUGCCAACAACGAGAAGACUCGCUGGGUCCCCCAGCACGUCGGCGAGGGCCGUUUCGGUGGCUGGCUCAAGAACGCUCGCGACUGGAACAUUUCGCGUAACCGUUACUGGGGUACCCCCAUCCCCCUCUGGGCCUCGGAGGACAUGGAGGAGGUUGUCUGCAUCUCGUCGGUCGCCCAGCUCGAGGAGCUCUCGGGUGUCCAGGGCAUCAAGGACCUCCACCGCGAGUCGAUUGACCACAUCACCAUCCCCUCCAAGCAGGGCAAGGGCACUCUGAAGCGUAUCGAGGAGGUGUUUGACUGCUGGUUCGAGUCGGGCUCCAUGCCCUACGCUCAGUCGCACUACCCCUUCGAGAACCAGGAGCUCUUCAAGCAGCGCUACCCUGCCGACUUUGUGUCCGAGGGUAUCGACCAGACCCGUGGUUGGUUCUACACCCUCCUUGUUCUCGGCACCCAGCUCUUUGACACUGCCCCCUGGAAGAACCUUAUCGUUACCGGUCUUGUGCUCGCCUCGGACGGCAAGAAGAUGUCCAAGAAGCUCAAGAACUACCCCGACCCCGUCAACGUUAUCGAGAAGUACGGAGCCGACUCUGUCCGUCUCUUCCUCAUCAACUCGCCCGUCGUCCGUGGUGACAACCUCCGCUUCCGCGAGGAGGGUGUCCGUGAUGUUCUCUCGAACGUCAUCCUCAAGUGGAUCAACUCGCUCAACUUCUACCUCAACCAGGUCGAGCUCUUUGACCAGCAGACCGGCGGCAAGUUUAUGUACGACCACGACGCACCCAAGUCGACCAACGUCUUUGACAGGUGGAUCCUCGCCCGUUGCCAGACCCUUAUUAAGCUUGUCGACCAGGAGAUGUCGGCGUACCGCCUGUACACUGUCAUCCCGCGUCUGCUUGACCUCAUUGCCGACCUGACCAACUGGUACAUUCGCUUCAACCGUCGUCGUCUCAAGGGUGAGCUCGGUGUCGAGGACACCAAGGCUGCCCUCAACUCGCUUUACGAGGCCCUGUACACCCUCUGUCUCACCAUGUCGUCGUUCACCCCCUUCACCUGUGAGAUGGUCUACCAGAGCCUGCGCGCCACCACCCCGGCUCCCGCCGACGGUUCGGACGUCCGCUCCGUCCACUUCCUCCUCUUCCCCAAGGUCCGCGAGGAGUACUUCGACCCCGUCAUUGAGCGCCAGGUCCAGCGCCUCAAGAGCGUCAUCGAGCUCGGCCGUAUCAUCCGUGACAAGCGUACCCUCAAGGUCAAGAUGCCCCUCAAGGAGCUCGUUCUCUUCCACCACGACCAGGAGUACCUCGACGACGUCAAGUCGCUCGAGUCGUACGUCAUGGCCGAGCUCAACGUUGCCGAGAUCAUCUACACCAAGGACGAGGCCGCCACGGGCAUCAAGUACAAGGCGACCGCCGACUGGCGUGUGCUCGGCACCAAGCUCCGCAAGGACCUCGGCAAGGUCAAGUCGCACCUCCCCAAGAUGACCUCGGAGGAGUGCAAGGGCUACAUUGCCGACGGCAAGGUCGUCCUCAACGGCGUCGAGCUCGUCGAGGGCGACCUCGUCGUGACGCGCUUUGUCGAGCUCUCUGCCGACCGCGCCGAGUCGCACGAGACCGCCACCGACGGCGACGCCACCAUCCUCAUCGACUGCCGCAGGCACGACGACCUCGAGGCCGUCGCCCUCAUCCGCGCGCUCACCUCGCGUGUCAACAAGCUCCGCAAGUCUGCCGGCCUCAAGCCCACGGACCGCGUCGACGUGUUCUACGCGUACGACGCCGGCGAGACCGACGCCCUUGCUCCGGCCAUUGCCACGAGCCACGACCUCCUCCAGGCCCAGAUCUACGCCAUCCCCAUGGACGUUGCCCAGAUGCCCUCGGACCGCAAGGUCCUCGGCGUCGAGGUGCGCGAAAAGGACAUUAGCGACGACGACCGUGCCGAGCGCUUCGUCCUGACCCUCGCCGACAGGCCUUAG